CUAUGCAUCCGGGUUUAGCCAACAACGGCCUCUGCCAAAGGGUCCCACUCUUCCACUCCUCAGCCAGUCCUACUUUGUUUGCUUUGCUUCUCUCAACACUCUUCAUUCAUUAUAUUUCGUUUCGUGUAAACUCACAGAACAGAACAUCAUCAAGGUUCUAAGUGAUAGAUUAGACCCCCCACAUCAACCUUUUCAACUACUCCCUAUCAUCCAACCCUUUCUCCCAUGCAUAGGUAAACACACUGAUCUCUCUCUCUCUCUCUUCCACACAAUUGUGAUGGUAUCCAAGUCUUCAAAUAUAGAAAUUCUGUUCCUUUCACAAAAGACGCGUUUCUCCUUUAAUUGUAUAACUCAAAUCCUAAACAGUGCUGCUGCUGUUUUACAAGACACUAUUUUUAGUGAAGAAUCGAACAUCCUUUUACGUUGUUGUUGUUGUUGUUGUUCUCGUGUUCUUUUUAAAGAACCUAGUAUUAUUAGUAAUAGAGUUGAUGGGUGAUUCGGUUGCAUUUGAAUUCUGAAGUUGUUGUGUGUGAUGUUGAUGUAGUGAAACCUGAAAUGCACUGCAAUUGGGGGUCUAAGCUAACGGUGAAAAUUGGACAUUUUUGUUUGUUUCUGAGGGUUGUGUUGUGUUGACACCUGAAAGUAAUGGCAUCGUCUCAUGGUAAUGCACACUCGGAUGCCGCGAAGAUGGAACAAAUAAUCACCGAGUUCUUCGCGAAGAGCCUUCACAUAAUACUUGAAUCAAGGGCACUCUAUGUGUCCUCCCGUAAUUCCUAUGGUGAUCAAGCUGUUUCGUCACCGUGUUCGUCGUCUUCGUCUUCAUCAAAUGUGCGGCCGAGGGAUAAGUGGUUCAAUUUGGCGCUCCGGGAGUGCCCCGCGGCGUUGGAGAACAUUGACCUCUGGCGCCAGAACAAUCUAGAGUGCAUAGUGAUUGAUGUGAUUUUGGUGCAGAGGCCUCUGGUGAGUGUGAGUUUUUCUCCCAAAAGGGUUAUUCCUAGGAGUUCUUCACUGAAGGAAAGAUGCCCUUUUGGCUGGAACACUGAUCAGGAAGAAUUGGGGGUUGUGGGAAGGAGUGAAAAGAUUGUGGAGAGGUGGGUUGUGCAGUAUGAGAGUAGGAAGACAAGGGAUUCUAAUUCUGGCAGUAGGAGGUCAAGCAAUGUUUCUUUGCAUAACUUGUAUAAGAAAUCAACUUUGCUUCUGAGGUCUUUGUAUGUCACUGUUAGACUUUUACCUGCAUAUAAACUUUUCAGAGAGCUUAAUUCGUCUGGACAGAUUAGGGACUUCACCCUUGCUCACCGUGUGUCUUCUUUUGUUGAGCCCUUCACCCGGAAAGAAGAGGCUGAAAUGACGAAAUUCGGGUUCACCCCUGUGGAUACUUCUUCUGGUAGGCUGUGUCUUAGUGUGAUGUAUUGUUCCUUAGCCUCAGAUGUGAGUUCUGAACCUUCAACUCCAAUGUCCCCACAAGUUAUAACUGACUAUGUUGGGAGUCCAUUGGCUGAUCCAUUAAGGAGGUUUCCUUCUCAUCUCGUGGCAGGAUUGCCAUCACAUGGCUCUCCAUCAUCGUUGCCAUCUUCAAGGCAGCGUAGUUGGAGUUUCGAUCAUUAUAGAGCCUCACCUCCUUCUUAUUUACCUUCGCCUACUCAUUCAGAAUCACUCUCAUCAGUGUAUAAUGCAAGUUUGCCUCCUCAUCCAACUGAGAUGUCUAUGAUUCAGAAGAAGAAUACAAACUUUGAGGAUUAUCAUCACUCUGCAUCACCUUCAAUCUCUAAUUCUGGGCCAUUUCCAUGCAAACCACUUUUACGAUCUGAAAGUGCUCCAGUCAGCAUACCUAUUGCUGAAAUUGCUAAUUCCCCUGGAUACUCCAAUAGUCAUAAUGUGCCUCCAUCUCCUCCCCUAAGAGGUUCAAGGGGCACUGCUAAGAUUGAUAGAAACACAAUGCAAACAGGAGCAACAGCUGAGAAGUUGUUUUCUCUUGGAAAAGAUGAGUCUCGAAAAUAUUCUGGAGUCAAGAUAUCUGCUAACAGCUCGCCCCAGAUUUCAAUUUCCAGAAGCUCCAGUAGGUCUUAUCAGAAUGAUUUUGAUGAUACUGAUUUUACUUGUCCAUUUGAUGUGGAUGAUGAUGAUAUGACAGAUCCAGGAAGCAGAGCUGAAUCUCUUGAUCAUGGUCAUAUGACUGAGACGCUUGAAGCCGGUGGAUUCUUUCCCAUUAGAAAGUCUCAAGAUGCUGCUGUUGGUGUGCUUGUACAUAUGCUGAAAAAAGCACCACCUCUACGUCAAGAUUUCUCCACCUCACAACACCUGUCACAAGGUUCACACCCUGAAACUCGGAACCAUAACACUCGAGGGCCCAAUCAGAUCCUUGAGCCAUCAAGGCCUGUGAGCAUAAUGUCUUCUGGGAUCAUAGCCACUAGGAAAACAACAGCUGAUGCAUUGGAAGAGUUCCAUGGUUACAAAGAAAUGAAAAACUUGCUGCUUACGCGAGGUAGUAAGCACCAGAUAUAGUAGUACAUAACAUAUAGUAUACUACACUUAUGCUUGUGCACAAUGGCGUUUAUGCUGAUGUUAAAUCAGUAAAACACAUGUAAGCUUUAAGCCUUUUUUUCCCCUUGAUAAAUUGGUCCAUCCAGUUGAAGAAUAUGUUCUUAGUUUUGAAAAAUACGUGUGAAUAUGAUGAUUAAGUCUUUAUGACUGUUAAGUUUUGAUCUAUGAUCAGGUCUGAGCUGGCUGGCUGGCAUGGUACAGCCUUAUAUUGUGUAAAAAUUCUUGAAACUGCUAAUAGUCGCAUAUUGUAUAUAACAAGGCAGAAGCUUCAUCUACAGGCUGUAGAUUCA